AUGUACGAACACAAUUGGUGCAUAAUAGCGCUCGGCGCUCAGUGCUCGGCCGCCGCCCGCAUGCCCAACACGCGACGUUUGCUGUCCGCUCGCUGGUUCCGAGCGCGCCGCACCGCGCGGCACGACGACGAUGAGCCGCCGGCCGCGUUGCGGCGCCAGCCGGUCCGCGGAACUGUCUCCAGCCAGCCACACCCAACCCUCGACGAAGAAUCCCUGGAGCGUGCCUACCCCUCCAUGGCGCAUCUCGAGUAUGUCAACGCGGGAUCUUCGCCUCCGGCCGAAAGUGCUCCCAACAUGUACGACAGCUUCGAGGAGCCGCCGCUCGACCUAACUGCGCACAUCUGCGCGGACUCGUUACGUCAGAGUGCGCAUGAGCAGAUGCGCGCCGUUGGCGGACGUCUGCGAUUAUUGGACGAGCUCGAGACCGGGGUCAUUACCGCCGAAUCUGUCGCUACCGCCUUCUCUGCUGCAUCUGAAGCCGAAAAGAAUGUGUGUCUGUUUUGGGUAGCAUACCUUAAACUCGCUAACUUACUGCAGCCUCUAAUCGAGGCUGGAGCCGAUCCGCUCUGUUUUGACGCUCUCGGAUUAACUCCCUUACACGUUGCAGCCUUCAGUGGCUCGACAGAAUGCGCCACUUUUCUUCUGUCCUGUGGCUGCGAUCCCAAUUACAUGCCGCGAUGCUUCGCUCCGCUUCAUUGUGCAGCGUUUGGAAAUUCAGUGCAAGUGGCUAAUCUGUUAAUAAGUCGCGGUGCAUCUGUACAUUCAGCCGUAAAGUAUGUCAACUGUGAAGGUGGCCUCCUGCACUGCGCCGUGCGCGCCAACUCUGUGGAAUGUCUCAAACUGUUUAUAUCCCAUGGCGUCGACGUCAAUCAAAUUGAGCCGGGUGGCACUAACGCCAUCCACCUCGCCGCUGACUUGGGAAUGUUCCAGUGCCUCACUAUAUUGUUGGAGACACCGGGCGCGGAUGCCAACGUGAGAACACGUGUAGGUGACAGAGAGUCUACUGCUCUACACCUGGCUGCUGACGGUGGUUUUGUUGACUGUGUAGAUUUAUUACUCUCCAAAGGUGCUGACGCGAGUUUGAAAAACCAUAGAGGCUUUACUGCCUUGCAUCUAGCGGCUCGUUCGGCUAGCUUAGAAUGUGUUGAAUCGUUGCUAAGAAAAGGAAACGCCGAACCAAACGCUAACGACUUUGACAUGAGAACCCCUUUGCACGCUGCUAUAGGCAAGUCCGACAGUGCAUGUGAUAUAAUUGAGACGUUGAUAAGUUGGGGAGCAAAUGUAAAUCAGAAGGACGAAUAUGGUUUUACUCCACUGCACCUGGCUGCCCUUGACGGUCUCUCAGCGUGCGUGGAGACAUUAAUUUAUCACGGUGCUGACGUAACUACGAGAUCUAAGAAAGGAAACUCGGCUCUUAAUGUAAUAGCUAGAAAAACACCGGCGUCUCUUGCGAUGGUAACUAGAAAAUUGGACUGUGCAAUUACGCUUCGCCAUACACAGACGAGCAAUAGAGAGGUCGAAUUGGAAUUAGAUUUUAGGAGCAUUUUGCAUCACUGUUAUCCACGUGAAAUAAGUUAUUUGAACACAUUUGUCGAUGAGGGACAAAAAGAAGUCUUACUCCAUCCACUUUGUUCAGCAUUUCUUUACAUAAAAUGGGAGAAAAUACGUAAAUAUUACGUUGCCAGGUUGUUUCUAAGCUUCAUUUUCGUUUUAUGUUUAACACUGUAUGUUUUGACGGCAUUAGCACAUAAUUGCUACAAUGGUAGUAAAGAUAUGGAGGAGACUAUACAAGAGCAAGAACUGUGUCAAAAACAGUCGAUCCUUGGGGAUUUGUUAAGGAAAAAUCCUUUUGUUAUUGAAAUGCAAUGGUGGGUGCUAGCCGGUAUCACGAUCUUUGAGAUAUUCAGGAAAGUUUAUGGAAUAGCUGGAUAUUCCACAGUAAGACAAUAUUUAAUGCAAUCUGAAAAUAUUAUUGAGUGGUUCGUGAUCGUAAGCGUUUUUCUCAUAUCGUAUAUCUACACUAACAUAACAUACACUUGGCAGAACCACGUAGGAGCGUUCGCUGUACUCGCUGGUUGGACAAACCUGAUGAUGAUGAUUGGGCAGCUACCAGUGUUUGGCACUUACGUCGCAAUGUACCAAAAAGUCCAAAAAGAAUUUGCAAAGCUGUUGAUGGCUUAUUCUUGUAUCUUAAUUGGGUUUACUAUAAGUUUCUGUGUUAUAUUUCCUGAUUCCUCAUCAUUUGCAAACCCAUUUAUGGGAUUCAUAACAGUUUUGACCAUGAUGAUCGGUGAACUAAAUUUGGAUUUACUACUCAAUGAACCAGAUGGAAACGACCCCCCCGUCCUAUUAGAGUUCUCAGCACAAAUCACUUACGUACUAUUUCUAAUGUUUGUAACCGUAGUUCUUAUGAAUUUGCUUGUGGGUAUAGCCGUCCACGACAUACAGGGACUGAGGAAAACCGCUGGUCUGUCAAAACUUGUCAGACAAACGAAGCUGAUAUCAUACAUGGAAUUAGCAUUAUUCAAUGGAUAUCUUCCGAAAUGUCUAUUAAAAAUUUUGCACUCCUCGGCGUUGGUGUCCCCACAAGCGUAUAGAGUCGUAUUGAGCGUCAAACCGUUGAACCCAAGCGAGAAACGACUUCCUCGGGACAUAAUGAUGGCAGCUUAUGACAUAGCAAAAAUGCGAAAGCAAUACGGCCACACUAUUUCUUCGAGCGGUUCUACAACAGGGGCGUAUUCCUGCUUCAAGAAAUAUGAAAACAACAAUGACAGUGGUUAUCGAGAGUACGGGUACUCUUCAGGGUUGGGCAGUUUGCAAGCAAGAUUAGAUGAAACUUCGGAAAAUGUUAAGCAGUUGACGCAAGAAGUGAGAGAAUUAAAGAAGCUGAUAAACGCCCAACAGCUUGUGUUACAACAAGCGCUCUCCAGCGCGAUGGACCGUUGA